AUGGAGCGACGAGCCGGAAAUAUGGGGCACUUUACCGGCUCUGGAAGGACGAGAAUUUUGGCCGACAACAAUUCUUGUCGACAGGAAGCUCCCAGGUUCAACCACAGUCUCCAAGGAGUGCAGGGAGCUAACGCGAAGAUGGCCUCCCGACCUGCGUUUACAGCUUUGGGCUGUCUCCAGUGUCGCAACACUGUGUUACGAGCCGUCACUUCCAACUCAGCUACCUUUCUUCGAGCUCCCGCCAUUACAACUACCGCAAGCCUGCGACCUCGGAACCUGCAAAGAGCUUUCUCGAGCCUGCCCGAGGCACCCAAGACAUCAGGCGAAGUUCCUGCCCAUGCAACCGAAGCUGAAGCAAAGAUUGGGGAGAACGUCGGGGACCAGGUUGUCAGCGAAAAAGAAGAAACGCCAUGGUUCCUCGAGGUCGAGGCGCCUAUACAUCCACCGAAAGAAGAUGUGUCACCGUUACCCGAACUGCCGAGCAACCCACCUCCUAUCCUCGAGCCUCUAUUGAAGUAUGUCUACGAAGAAAUGGGACUGGAUGACCUUUCUCUCCUCGACCUGCGCGCUCUCGACCCGCCACCUGCUUUGGGACCCAACCUUCUCAUGCUCUUUGCAACGUCGCGAAGCGAGCGGCACUUGCACGUCUCGGCUUCCCGGCUAGUGAAGUGGCUCCGUUUUCACCACAAGAUCGAGGCAAACGCGGAUGGGCUUAUUGGUCCGGGCGAGCUGAAGACAAAGCUACGAAGAAUGAGGAGGAAGGCGAAGCUACUCGGCUCGAGUGCCAUGGUUGCAAAGGGCGGCGACGAUGGAAUCUCGACUGGAUGGAUCUGCGUCAACCUCGGUACCAGUGGAUCCACAUACAGCGAAAGCGAACGUUUCGAUUCUCAUGGCAAGAUGUCUGGCUUCGGUGGACCAGCCACUGGAUCUACCAUCAUUGUCCAGGUCAUGACCGAGUCUCGGCGUAACGAACUAGACCUCGAACGACUAUGGAGCCAACAGCUCGUACGAAGCGAGGCUCAAGAACGUAAACUGGCCGACGAAGACUCUUCCUAUCACAACCGAUACGGUGAUUUGCCGACGACCACGAUCCGAGCGCGGAAACCCAACUACGCAAACACGUCGCAGAGGAGAAACUUCUCCACAAGUCUCUCUCGGCCUUCGACCGACACCGAGCAGGCGGCUGUGGGCGCAAAAGACGCAGGUAUUACUCCUUCAGCAAGUUCGAGCCCUGUCACAGACCCGCUGAAUAAACAUCGCCAGCGAAUUGAGAAAAUCCGGUCGGAGGGGGAGCAGGUCAAGGUCGAGGACUGCUUGGGGCUCUUGAGAGGCAUCUUCCAGGCGCCCACAGCGGAGGGGGAUCAGGGCCAGGAUCAGGCGGACCUCGCCACCAAGGUUAUUGAGACGAUGCACCAACGGCAAAUGCCAGUCAUGGACCACGAAAUGCUCACGACAAUUAUCGAGGCGAUUGCAACAUCACCUGCGCGAGGCGGACCUGAGCAAGGAAAAUUGCGGGGCAUUCAAAGUAACUUGGAGUUUGUGAUGCUCAAGGGCAUGCAAUCUUGUCCCUCGGAAGCGCAACUCGUACGUCUUCUCCGAGCGUAUGCCAUUCAGCGGAACAUGGAUGAAUUUUGGGAGGUUUGGAGUCUUCCCCCACGAUACAGCGAACGCAGAGGGUCAGCAUUAUACCGGGAAGUGUUUCACAUCUUUGCACGCAUCAACAGGAGGUCUCUGAGCAUCGACGCCCUCCGGAGAUGUGUACCCGAGAUGAUUCUUGAGCAGCCCCCAGUGCUGCCAGACGAGACGAUCUGGCCCGACAUCAAGGCUUGCAUCCGUGUCGCCGACCCUAAUGCGGAACACAUCAGCGCUCACAUGGUAUCCGGCAGUAAAGUAGCCAACGACGGCAAGAAGACUGUCGAGUUGGAGUUUGUCAAGAUGUUCAAGGAGCUCGAGGCGUCCGAAGUGGAAUACGUCGACGGGACGGGUGACGGCAGGAGAAAUGUUCUUGGCGAGAUAGCGCGCCUGCAAACAAGGGCGUCUCUGGUCCGAUGGCGGAACUCGGCGCUCACCGAUGUUGACCGAUUCAAACUUCAAAUGUACCUUACUGUAAUAACAACAACGCCAACUACGGAUAGACGGCCAUGUUACAAAAUAUCGCACUGGUCUAAAGACCUGCACGAAUGGGUAAUGCGACUCUGCAACUCGCCUCCUCCGGCGUUGACCUUCCUAUUCGGGAAGUGCUCCGUCUUAUCUCUGGCGUUUCCGCCUCAACUUGCUGGAGAGAAGCAUCUGAACAAUCAGCCGAGCCGUGUCAAUCUGCGUCGUCUGAACAUGCAGGUUGUAUCCCGGCCCCUGGUCCAUCACACGCAGACAUUUUCCACUCUGACUCUCCGCUCUCUCUCUCUCUCUUUCGCGCCCGGAUAUCGGCAUAGCAUGGCAAUGAAACGCCCUCCGCAGUCUGGAUCGACGCUCCAGGUUAACCUUAGCCCGGUACUUAUCCUCCAAGGCCUGCUUCCCGCACCUCGCCUGUCUUGCCGUGCCAACACAGCCUAUCUUACUCCCUUUACCGCCUCCAUGGAACAUACAUCGAUCAUGGAAAAUGCUACAUAUAACCCGCAUCGCUCCCUCACCGUGACAUUCUCCUCCUCUCUUCCCGCUCGCCAAGGACACAUCUCCCGCCCUUCAUAUCCAUCUUCCUUGCCCUCCUCUUCCUUCUCCCCUCGUCCCUCAUUCUUCCCACACGGUAGCAAUCCCACGGCACAAAAAGCCAUGGCUCGCCUCACCCCCCUCACCCUCCUGGCAGCCGCCGCCCUCCCCAAGGCCGCCCUCGCCUGGGGCUCCAUGGGCCACGCGACAAUCGCCUACAUCGCCACCAACUUCGUCGCCCCCGAGACCAAAACCUACUUCCAGCAGCUCCUGGCCGACACCACGGACGACUACCUCGCCAACGUCGCCAGCUGGGCCGACUCGUACCGCUACACCACCGAGGGCGCCUUCACCUCCACCUUCCACUACAUCGACGCCCUCGACGACCCCCCGCACUCGUGCGGCAUCGACCUCGACCGCGACUGCGGCCCCACGGGCUGCAUCGUCUCCGCCCACGCAAACUACACCAACCGCCUGCUCCAGCAGCCCGCGCUCUGCCUCGAGCAGCGCCAGAUCGCCGCCAAGAUGGUCAUCCACUUCACCGGCGACAUCGGCCAGCCCCUGCACUGCGAUAACCUCGAGCUCGGCGGCAACGGCAUCGCCGUCGAGUUCAACGGGUCCAGCACGAACCUGCACGCCGCGUGGGACACCAACAUCCCGCAGUCCAUCACGGGCACGGGAAGCAGCGUGCUCGCCGUCGCGAAGUCGUGGGCCUCGAAGCUCAGCACCGAGAUCAGCUCUGGCGACUUCAAGACGGCGUCAAAGUGCUGGAUUGGCGGGCUGAGCCUCGAGGACCCCGAGUCGCAGGCGCUCGCGUGGGCGACGGAGAGUAACAAGUUUGUGUGCUCUGUCGUUCUGCCGGAUGGUCGUGAGGCUGUGGAGGGCAAGGAUAUCAGUGGCGCGUAUACGACGAAUGCGCAGCCUACUGUUAGCAUGCAGGUCGCCAAGCAGGGUUACAGCGGUGCCAGACCAAACAAGAUAAUCCAUAAUGAGAUGAUGGUCACUGCUAUGAAGCAGCGACUGGGAGCUUCACUGCUGCUCGACUCUACGACUUGCUCUCUCAAAACCCAGCGCGCUUCUUCGCUUUGUUUUCGAUAUGAGGAACAGUCCGAUGAAUUUUGA